AUCAGUGCACGUUUGCUUGUCACCAAGAUUGGUCACGAACGAUCGAAUCAGGCGUGAAAAAAUGUCAAAUAUUGAACACACUGAGGAUUCCGCCUCGAAAAGUUCUUCUAAAAAGAAGGCAAAGAAGCUCCCUCAAGGCGGGAACGAGGUUCCCAGGUCAGAGGGCACUAGUGGUGUAGAAAACACUACUUCAAACGGUUUGUCGGGAAACGCGCCCGAAAAUGACACAACACAACAGAGUGAGCUGUCAACAUUUGGCAGUAUGCUAACGAAUUCUAUGCUUACUCUCCAAACAACUUUGACUCGGCAGUUUGAAAAACUGCAAAAUACUAUUGAAAGAACUUGGUCCACAGAGGAAAAUAAUCUGUUGGAGAGCUCCGAAGGAGAGUACAGGAGUGAGAGUGACAAUGAAAAUGGCGCCAAAACCAACGAUCGCGCUCUGUGCGACAAACCUCGGUCAAAACGCCAAAGAGAUGCCUCCCCAUCACAAAUAUCUGUCUUGUCAGACGAUGUGACAGAAACCGCUGCAAAACGGUCGAAAAGCUUAGAUAAAAAAUGUGAUGUACUCGACGCAAUUGCUCAACGCCUCACAAAGACAGAACCGACAGACGUUGCUGUCAACGAACAACUUGCUACACUCGUGAACGGACUCAUGUUCAAAUUGAAAAAACCUGAAGAAUCAAAGCUCAAAGAAGAAGGGGAAAAAAUCCUCCGACCACAAAACUGCGAAAGUUUGGUCGUCACAAAAGUGGACGAGCUUAUUUGGAACAGGCUGAGGCCGAACACGAGGUCCUUUGACUCGAGGGUACAAACAGCCCAAGGCAUGUUGAUCAAAGGUGUCAUUGAGGUCACCAAAAUGCUCAAUGAAAUGCUGGACCUGAAGUCCAAAGCAAAUGACGAGUCAGUGAAUGAUAGUAUAGAUUAUGAGAGCAAACUUAACCAGCUGAUCGACAAAGGAAUGUCAGCUAUAGAAAUGCUUAGCUACGCAAAUUUCGAGAUCAACAUGAGACGAUGAGAGUGUAUAAAACCCGACCUCAAUGAAGACUACCAAACCUCGCUAUUCUCCUCGUCAGUCCCUGUGAACAACUUCCUAUUC